AUGGCCGACGGUUUGCAAAUGGGAAACCUUUCCCUCAACGAGUCUCAGCACGCGCCCGCGGGUCCUCCCCCCAACACCGGCCGCGCUGCCUACAUCCCUCCCCAUCUGCGUCAACGUCCCAUGGGCGCUGGCGCCAACUUAGACGGUGCCGCCCCUCCGCCUGGCCCCGCCGCCGGCCCCGGCUAUGGUGCCCCUAGAGGUGGCUCUCGCGGUGGUAACUGGGCCCAUGCCAACGAUUUCAGCCCUCGCGGUCCCAAUGGUAACACCAACUGGAGCUCCACCGAAGGCUCGCGCCAUUCCUUUGAUCCCAAUGCUUACGGAAACCCAGGUCACGGAGGUUCUGGUGGUGGCUCUUCCUACGCUGCCCGCGGCUCCGGCGACGGCCAGUGGCGUGAUGGAAAGCACAUCCCCGGCCCCGCCAACCCCCGCGUCGAGAUCGAGCUGUUCGGUGCCCCCGACGACCCCUCUAAGCAGAACACCGGCAUCAACUUCUCCAACUACGACGACAUCCCCGUCGAGGCCUCCGGCCAGAACGUCCCCGAGCCCGUCAACGCCUUCACUAACCCGCCCCUGGAUGACCACCUGAUCGCCAACAUCAAGCUCGCCAGCUACCAGACCCCCACCCCCGUCCAGAAGUACUCCAUCCCCAUCGUCAUGAACGGUCGCGACCUGAUGGCCUGUGCCCAGACCGGUUCCGGUAAGACCGGCGGUUUCCUCUUCCCCAUCCUGUCCCAGGCCUUCCAGAACGGCCCCUCCCAGGCCCCCGCCCAGGCCCCCGGUCAGUUCAGCUACGGCCGCCAGCGCAAGGCCUACCCCACCUCCCUCAUCCUGGCCCCUACCCGCGAACUCGUCUCCCAGAUUUUCGACGAGGCCCGCAAGUUCGCCUACCGCUCUUGGGUCCGUCCCUGCGUCGUCUACGGCGGUGCCGACAUUGGCUCCCAGCUGCGCCAGAUCGAGCGGGGCUGCGAUCUGCUCGUCGCCACCCCUGGCCGUCUCGUCGAUCUCAUCGAGCGUGGCCGCAUCUCCCUCAUGAACAUCAAGUACCUCAUUCUGGAUGAGGCCGACCGGAUGCUGGACAUGGGUUUCGAGCCCCAGAUCCGCCGCAUCGUCGAGGGCGAGGACAUGCCCAACGUCACCGACCGCCAGACCCUCAUGUUUUCCGCCACCUUCCCCCGCGACAUCCAGAUGCUCGCCCGCGACUUCCUCAAGGACUACGUCUUCCUGUCCGUCGGCCGCGUCGGCUCCACCUCGGAGAACAUCACCCAGAAAGUCGAGUACGUCGAGGACCAGGACAAGCGCUCCGUCCUGCUCGACAUCCUCCACACCCACGGCACCACCGGUCUGACCCUCAUCUUCGUCGAGACCAAGCGCAUGGCCGACUCCCUGUCCGACUUCUUGCUCAACCAGCGCUUCCCCGCCACCGCCAUUCACGGCGACCGCACUCAGCGCGAGCGUGAGCGCGCCCUCGACCUCUUCCGGUCCGGCCGCUGCCCCAUCCUCGUGGCCACCGCCGUCGCCGCCCGUGGUCUGGAUAUCCCCAACGUCACCCACGUCAUCAACUACGAUCUGCCCACCGACAUCGACGACUACGUCCACCGUAUCGGUCGUACCGGUCGUGCCGGUAACACCGGUAUCGCGACCGCCUUCUUCAACCGUGGCAACCGUGGCGUCGUCCGCGACCUGCUCGACCUCCUGAAGGAGGCUCACCAGGAGGUUCCCGCCUUCCUGGAGAGCAUCGCCCGCGAGGGCAGCGGCUUCGGUGGUGGUCGUGGCGGCAGCCGUGGCGGUCGCGGUCGCGGCGGCGGUGCCACCCGUGACGCUCGUCGCUUCACCAGCAACCCCAGCGGUGGUGGUGCGCCCUCCUUCGGCGGCGGCGCCAGCUACGGUGGUGGUGGUGCCAGCUACGGUGGUAGCUACGGCGGUGGUGCGGCCUACGGCGGCGGCUACGGUGGUGGCUACGGUGGUGGUGGUGGUGGUAGCUACGGCAACCCCUCCGGCCCUACCGUCCUACUCUGGCUUGUGUUGUUCCUUACGUGGGCUGUUCCGUCCGGGAUGUACGGGAUAGAGGGAAUGGGAACUCAUUGCAUUUCUGUCUGGCGUUUGGCUGGAGCGUGCGGUGUCCACAUGAAGGAACGGUUUGCUAGAUUGGAGGGUUUCCCGUCUGGUACGGUCGCGGACGACUCCUUCCCACCCUCCGAAGCCCAAGAUGACCAGCAAACGCACAACAUGACGGUCGGCACGAGGCGCCAGGCGAAUGGCACGAUCGGGUCGGUCUACUCGGGCAACAAAAUCCGGCAUCUCAAGAAGGAAGACGGCAUCCCCCUGUGGCGCAAGGACAUCCAGUACCAGUUUUUGAAGAACGUCUUUGAGGAUAAGACCCCCGUCUUCACGCGGUAUCCGGACGGCGAGAAGAAUUUGGACUUUGCGGAUAUCUAUAUCGAUGCGAUGGCUAGGAGUAGCAAGACGAGUAAGAUCUUGAAGGAUAAGUUGCAAAAUGAUAAGCAGGCGGCGAUCAAUAUGGCUAUGGUGUGUUUGUUGGUUAAUUUUGGGAGGAUGAAUACUACGCUCAAUUUCUUCCCCGAAAUGCGAGCCCAGCUGCGAACAUACCACUCGAUCCCCUCGCUCCAGGCGCACCAGGAUCCCAAUGCCUACAAGCAGCUACAGGAUGCGCCUCGUCUCAAGUCCAUCCUCAAGGGCGCAUCGGAGGAUGUCGACCAGCCCAAUACCCUCGAGAAGAUCCGACGCCAUAACGUCCCCCGAACCAACCCCGUCAACCUGAUCUUUGUGCUGGCCCAGUACGCCCCCAAGGUGUCGGAGCUGCACUUCUUCCCUCCGCGCGAUUUCUUCGACCUGGUCAUGAGGGCCACCCUCAGCAGCAAGACCCGGGCGCGUGCCUUCCUCUGGCUGAUGUGGUGGUAUCUCGAGAGCGAUUUCUCCCGGGAGGCGGCCCUCAACAACCCCUUCGGCCCCGGUCUGGAUGGCGAGGGAACGGGCGGCUUGCCCAUCAAGGUCCCCAAUUUCGAGAGCCUCACCGAGGAGCAGGCGAACGAGGAGAAUGUGGAUACCCAGGAAGAGAUGGAAUACGGGGAAGCAAAGCGGUUGGAACGGAAGCGUAUUUUGGACGAGGAUGAGCCUCUUCCCCGGGUGGUCAAGCGGCCCAAAAAAGGUCGCGGCGAUGGACGUGGCUCGGCCAUGUCAACUCCCAUGCAUCCCUCCGCAAAGCGGUAUCCACCCGACGAGGAUGAGGACCUCUUGACCCCAGGGCAGUCGGCCCGGUCGCGGUACAAGCGGCCAAAGCGGGAGUCCUCGCUCACCCGCGCCGUCGGGCAGCAGCGUCUCAUCCUCAAAACCAAGAUGGAACAGACCCCUGACGGGUCAUCCCCAGCUCCUCCAGGUUCUAGCCACCCAGUGUUGAACCGUUUUGUCACGGACUCUUCUCUGACGCAGCAAAACACAGCGCGCCGUCCCCGUCCCUUGACGCAGCACCAGCUGGCCGUCGAGCAGAACCGCCGCCAGCGCAUCGAGUACAUUUUGGCUAAGCGACGGAACGAGGCGUACCGGAUGCUUCGCGCGAAACGGGAGACGGAGAUCCCCUUCGCCCGCUACGGCCGUCUUCUGGAGCCGCUUCCCGACGGCUACGACACGGAGGAUGACGAGAGCUCCUGGGGCAAGGGCGGGAUCCUCCCCAACCCCGAGGAGGAGGAGGACUACGGCGAAUGCGCCAGCUACUACCUGUCGGUCGUCCGCAAGGCCUCCCGGCGACUGGACCGGUGGGACUACGAGGACGCCAACGGGCCGAAGAAGGACCGCAAGAAGGAGCGCGAAGAGCGCCAGAAGGCGAAGCAGACCACCCUGGCCCUGGAGCAUUCCCUGGACCUGGGGGGUCGGGCCCCCACCUCGGCGCGGAGCCGCGCCCGGGCGGCCCGCAAUGCCCGCCGCAAGCUCGCCGAGGCCGCGGGUGCGACGACCGCCGCCGGCGCGUCGGGCUCGACGUCCACCCCGCGCCCCAAGAGCAGCCGCAGCCGGCCCAGUCGCGGGGGGGCGGGGGCAGCCGCGAACCCCGCCGGUGACGCCGGCAAGGACGGAAUUGACGCGCGACCCCUGCCGGACCACGACGCCUCGUCCAUGCCCGCCGAUGGCGAGGACGGACUGGACGACAUCGACCGGGAGCUCCUAGGAGAAGGCAGCGGCGACGAGGAUGACGGGCCUGUCGUUCGCGACGACCGGGCUGCCCCCGUCGGGGAGCGAGGCGACGCGGACAGCUUCAUGGGCGAAGUCGGGGACGAUGAUGCCGACGCCCUCUCGUCGGACGAUGACGGCGACGACGAUGAUCUGGAUGAAGGCGACGCCGACGAGAACUCGUCGACGUUCGACGGAGGCCAUGGGUCCGGGGCCAGCGACGCCUCGUCCGUCGCGGGCGAGGGCCCUGGCCCCGCCCUCGACACGCACGACAGCGCAGAUCGCCACCGUGCCGCGGACGACCAGGACCACGAGACCAUGGACGACCGGGAUUAGAUCUGGCCGGAGGUUGGAAAUGCUCGACGGGUGUGCUGAAGUCUCUCUUACUGUUGCACCAUUUUGUUUCUGCUCUCUUUCUCUUUCUCUUUUCUCCGCCUUCUUCUCCCCAUCGUUAAUAUUUAUUGUAUUCUUUGACCCCCGGUCUUCCUCGAUGGGCGAACCGUGGGGGUGUGUAUUCUACGACUGGUCCGGAUUGGAUCUGUUUAUUUUGUCUCCUUUUCCUUACUCACUUCAACAUACCAUUUACCUUCUUCAUCUCCUGUGUUAGCAAUUGCAGAUGUUAUGAGAUACAGACAAA